GGGGUCCAGCGGAAGGUUUCCGUGCCCCUCAGAUCUAUGCUUAUGUAAUGAGAGCAAGGUUGUAUGACUAAGCGAAUCCUUCCCCUAUUUCCUCCACUAAUCGAUUACAUAAGUGGCUAGCUGACUUUCCUUCCUACAUCAUCAUCAGCAUCAUCGUGAAUAGUGGCAAACGGCUACUUGACCGGGUAGGCUCCGAGUAUUGUUUUUUUUUUUUCGAAAAUCCAAACUAAAAUAAAAAAAACGAAAGAAAAAAAAGGGGGUGAUAAGGCGCACCGUUACUUGCCCGAAGACAAGCCAGAGGGAGCCGAAAAAGCAUCAUCCUGACCGUUACCACCACUGAGGAUCGAACUCUCAACCGGUUUCCCCGUCACAUUGAAGAAAGUACUGCCCAGUUGAGCCAAGCCAGGGUUACUCCUCUCAAUUAUUGAAAUCCUAUAAUAUUAUUAUUACCUAUCUACACAUUGCUUGGGUUCUAGAGAUUUAGUGGGUGGAUGAUCCUCGUUGACUGGAGGUUGGGUAGGUAGCCCGGCAACUGGGAAGCUAUUCGGGUCACACAGCACUAGUGUUUUAUAGACGCUAAUGUCAGGUCUAAGUUGUGAAGUGUCUGCCUAAGGAUACCUUGCGGGACUUGAUGAUAAUUAUCGGAAAUGAGUUCGACCGCGACGAUUAUCACAGAGUCCCUGUGUAGGUUCUGUCACCAGUUCGUUGAUAACCUCUUUAGCUUCAAUUUCCUCAAGCAAGAAACCUAUCCGACGCCAUGGCAACCAGUCGGGUCAGAAUGGACACCUGAGAAGGCCUGGGGGGAUGUCUUCCAUCAUUAUGAAACAUUUGAUGAUCUUUCCAAAAGCGCCGAAACUUGUGAAGUCUGCAGUGUCCUCCACGCAGACCUCGCGCAGAUGAGCGCGGACUUACGUCAAGGUUGGCUGGGAUUAUAUCCUUUUUGGUCUACCGGUCGCAUGGGAAUGAACAAACUGAAGGGACACUUCCGCGCUGGAUUCCGUGACUCUUUAGGCGAGAUGCCCUGGGGAAGCAGUAAAAUUGGGAGCAUUCCGUUGCAUAGCUUUAGAGUCUGCAGACGUGUGCCCCUGAAAGAAGGCGAAAUUGUUGAAUAUGCGGAUGCUCAUAGGAGACUCCCGGCGGUAUCAUCAACCCUCCAGCCGUCCGACAUUCCUCAGGAGGUGGCUAGCUGGGAGCGCGAAUGUUCGGAAACCCACAAAAAUUGCGCUGGGCUCGGGUCCAGUAGCGAACUACCUACAAGGGUAAUCGAUGUUGGCAAGGCUGAAAAUGCACACAUUCGUUUAUAUGAGUCGAGGGGCGAAAAGGCACAGUAUGCGACUCUCAGUCAUUGCUGGGGUGGAGCGAUUCCCUCCGUCACGAUACAAGCGAAUAAGGCGGCAAGAACCGACAUUAUAAACAUCGACGAACUUCCGCAAAAUUUCAAAGACGCAAUUCAAGUGACUCGCGCCCUAGGGAUUCCAUACAUAUGGAUAGAUGCACUGUGCAUAAUUCAAGAUUCAAAGGAAGACUGGGAUAGAGAAGCUAGUAAGAUGUUUUCUGUUUACGCCGGCGCCUCAUUAACUAUAUCCGCACUGGAUGCGACAGCAAGUACGGAAGGCUUCCUCAAGCCAAACAGAGUACCCUUGGCCAUAAUAAACGAUGAAUACGGUGUCCAGAAGGUUUUUCCAGAUAUCAAUGAAUAUCUCGUACGAUGCCCACUCACUACUCGAGGAUGGUGUAUGCAAGAAAGACUUCUAGCACCACGUUUGCUUCAUUUUGGGAAGGAACAAAUAUUCUGGGAAUGCCGCACGGACUUCAUAUGCGAAGAUGGGCGGAGAAUUACUGGAGACUCGGAUGGGCACGUCAUGGCAGAGUUUCUUAGAAUCAGAAGAAGCCUUGGCAUAUCCGCCGAUCCGGGGACCGACUUAUUUUGGUGUUACUGGUAUCAAUUGCUAGGAGAAUACACCACGCGGAAGCUCACUGUUCCUACUGACAAGCUACCUGCCGUGGCCGGAGCCGCCGCCUUGUUUAGAACUCCGAGGCCCGAUUCGACAUAUGUCGCCGGCUUGUGGAAAGAAGAUAUCGUGAGAGGUCUACUUUGGUGUGCUCAUUACGAUCAUAUGCCUGGCCGAAGAGUCUGGGGAAUCUCAACGACGGACAGGAUAUCUGUUUUGACUAAACCCGCUAAGAAACGUGCACCAAGUUGGAGUUGGGCUUCCGUCGACGGACAACUCGAUUUUUGGGCACGUAAAAUUGGCGGAUUUGUUGUGGAAGCUUUAGGUGUCACAAUGGACGCCGAGAGGGAGGGUAUAGCGAGCGUAGCGAGCGGGAUAGUAAAACUUAGAGGCCUCGUCACGCGGAUGUAUUACCAUCCCCCUCCCGAUAAACCCGGUCUCGAUGUGGGGGCCUUGACAUUUAAGCGGAUUGAUUCUCCUGAAGAUGAGUCCGUUACACUGAAUGGAUGUGUCAUGGAUGUGGAUCGCCGCUCACCACGGUUUUGCUGGGCGAUAGUAAUGGCGCAGUCCAUGAACGAUUGGUACCUGCUCAUACUUCACAAGCAGAAUGAUGGGAAAUUUCAACGAAUCGGAAUGUCUACGUCAAAGUCGGUGAAGGUUGAUCCCGGAAGAUUCGAAACGAAAGAGAUUGAAAUCGUUUAAAUAUCUUUCACGAGGUUUCAUUGAACACCGAGGUUUGA